AUGAAUGUAUCUUCAAAUCUGCCCCCCGAUUCGUAUGAAAAACUAUCUAGACUGAUGCAUACCAAGGACAUCUUCAGUUUCUUCGUUUUAAUCAUUGCAGCAAUAAUUUAUUACCUCAAGUUGAAUUUCGAUACCUGGUACAAAGCGCAUGCGCCGUACAUUACUAUGCUGCUGUGUCAAAUGGAUAUGCUGUAUGUGAAUUGUGUUUGUGUAUUAAAGGCCUGCUUCAAAAAAAUCGACGACAAUCUGACAAAUUUGCGGGAGCUUGUCGUGAACGAUGAGCCGCAUCUCCUGAGGCGAAUCUAUCACGAGCACAGAAAUUCAUUUCUGCUAAUGGAGCUUAGGGCUUUGAAGAAGCAGCAUAGAGCGAUCAACGACACAGUGCAGAUGCUAAAUACGAUUUUCAGUCUGCAGCUCCUUGCUACCAUAAUUUUGACUUUUAUCGAGCUCACUUUCCAUCUGUACCACCACGUAACGCGAUGGAAAGACAACAUUGAAAAACUGGGAAUGAACAAUAUAGGCGGCCAACUUUUUGAUCUGUUUUCAAUAAUAUCUAUGAUAUAUUACUCUGUAAAAAUAAUAUUGAUAGUAUGGGUCUGUGAGACUGGUAAAGACCGGAGUGUGAAGAUUGGAAUUACCGUUCACGAUCUGCUUAACAACAUCUCAGAUAAGAAACUUAAAGUUGAGUUGCAGCUGUUUUCCUUGCAAAUACUGCAACGCGAAAAUGCGUUCUCCGCGAAAGAUCUCAUUGUGGAUGUUACUCUUCUCGUUGCGAUAGUGAGUAACAUAACUACGUAUCUACUAAUCUUAAUACAAUUUUUGAUUGCCGAGAAAUUCUGCAACAUUUCCUCUCAAAAUCCCUCUCAAUAUUCCUCUCAAAUUCAUUCUGCGAUGGCUUAA